UAGCGAUUUCACAAAAAAUAUAUUUGAGCGCCUUAUAGAACAUUCCGUGAAACUACUGUCCUGUGACUACUUGGAGUUUUUCAGUAAGUUUUCAUUGUAUUAAAGUUUGCCGUUCAGUAUCAUUUAAGAUUGACCUUAAAUACCUAUCCCUUAAUUAGUUAUUGUUACAUGUAAACGACGUCUACGAUUUUUUGUUAUCUCAAUUUUCGUUAAUACUUUGUCCUAGAAGCCAUGCCUCAACUUUUUAAUGUAAACAACAUGCUCUCUUUGAUUUGUAUGUAAGUAUCGCCAGACAUCAAAUUGUAUUCCCACAUUCAAAUUAUUCCAAACAGAAUAUUGCUUCAACCCCAACGCCAGGAAAGUCGUCCUUAGGCACCAAAUUAUUGAUUGGCGUCAGUGCGCAUGAAUGUUCUAGACAUAGCUCAAGCCGUUAGCCGCUGUGCCCGGGCCAGUUCGGUCUCGACGGUUGAGCUGUGAGGGCAUUUUGUCAGUUAAAGACGAAAUGUCUUCGCGUACGUUGCGGAAGAAGGUGGCUCCGCCGCAAUCCCCCGUGCUGCUAUAUGACUCUGACGAUGACUUCAGUGCGGCCUUCGCUCAGCCCAAGGCCAAGCCCUGCCACGAGCCUUUUUUUUUAAGUUCACCGUCUGAUUCUGAACCUGGCUAUUCUGAACGUAGCGAGAGCGAGGACCAGGAGUGUACUGGAGCCGUUGCCAAAAAAUGCGUGGUUAAGAAAAAAAAUCUCAAGAAGAAAGUUAAAGCCCUAAAAUCGGGAGAGGAUUAUGUUGACUGUUCUCUGAAGGAGGCAAAUGCUCAGGCGGGAGCCGCGAAACCACCGAAGCGUGACAACUGGGCAUAUCGCAUUCUACGCGUUGAUGCCAAAAAUCUCAAUGUUGCCUAUGAACUAAGGCGUUUAUUUGGGCCUGAGGAGGACCCUCGCCGCAGGCGUCCGCAGCCAAAUCGUCUUCUCCUUCUGCGUAGAAUUGUGGUUCAUCCGAGUAAGGAAACCAUGCUUUACGACUACAAGAUGCCCGGGUUGAGCAUGGCCAAAUUUCGCGAUGUGAAGAACCGCAUGUACUUCAUCUUUAACCAUUCUGAGGACUACAAGCAUAUGCAUCGUAACUUCAUUGCCAUGUUCCCAUUAUCGCAGCCUUCUACCUUGCUAUUGUAUUUGGACGAAGCCCGCAAGAGGAUGCAUGUGGAAGCUCUGUUGGAGAUUUCUGAUCUCCUGUUUCGCAUGGAAGAACACGCCGUGGGGAAUGAAAUCCUUGAGAACGUGGUCACGUUCAUGCAAUAUGUUGCCCAUCCGCUGUUUAAUCUGGCGGCAACUAACGUGCGACUGGAGUAUAGGUAUUUGGAGAACAGGCCCUUCCAUGUGGCCAUGCUGAAGUACAUGUACUUACUGUCGAGCAAGGGCUGUCACCGAACCGCCUUGGAGAUAGCCAAGAUGUUGCUGUUGCUGGACCCCAGCGACCCGUUGGCUGUCUUAAACGUCAUCGAUGCCAUGGCACUGCGUGCUCGUGAGCAUGAGUGGCUAAUCGAAGCAAUCAAGUACUUUGAUAAGCAACGCGAGGCUGGCUUGCUUUACAACAUCAAGUAUUCACUCGCUUUGGCGCACUUCCAUGUCGCCCUCAAGAAUAAGAAGGACCUGGGAGACGCCGACAAAUUCUUGAAGGAUGCUAUUCUGGCGCACCCCCACGUGAUGGUCAAGAUAUUUGAAGUCCUCAAUAUCCCGAACCCUUACAUCUAUUGCCACCCGGUGUUUGCUAAAGAUCCGGUGCAUAUCGGCACCCCGGGGCUUAAUGAGCUCUUCAAUAUCUAUGGGCAGUUGACUGCAUGCUGCUGGCGCGAGCGCGAAGUUCUCGAUUGGAUCACCCGCAACGCUAAGGAUAUCGCCGAGAGCUACAAUAGGAGCAGCCGACUUCGGGCUGAGGUCAAGAGCUACAGCAAGGUCCGCCAUGGCCUGUUCAUGGCUUGGCCUCCGGAAUAUUUGCGCCACAUCUCCGUUCUUAACGGCUUGUCUCGACUGGUCCUUGAUGGCCCAUUGACUGCGUUCUUCCGCCCUACGUGCGCCUGGGACCCUCUGUUUGAUAAGAGUGUGAACCGUUAUGAUUACAAGUACCGUGUGGAACCACCACGUGCCGUUGGCGGCACAGGCUUGCCUGUGUACAGCUACGACAUUCGUAAGGAGUUCAUGAUUGUUCUGUCUAAUAUGUCUGACAACCCAUCGUGCCUCCCCUUCCUUAGCCUUCACCCUGCCGACGCUGCGUCGCUCAUGAUGAACGAGGCGUUCUACGGGCUGGAGACCAACCCGGACGACGACGACGACGACGAGGACUACAACACCUACGAUUACGACGACGACGCUGUUGCUUUCGAGCACUAUGACAGGGAGAUUGAAAGGCUGACUCAACUCAGCCGAAACCUUCGCUUCGACGCGGAUUCUGAUGACGAUUAGAUACAAGGCUUGAAAUGUCCAAAUUUUUGAGACUUUUUGUUCAAUUUUUCGACUUCUUUAUCUAUUAUAAUUUGAAACUAAGACUCAAUACUGUGAUUUAUAAUUUACACGUUUUACUCUAGGUAUUUUUGAUAUGUAUUUAUUGCAUCAAGUUUUGGAUUAGCUAUAUACAUGUUUCAAAAUUUAUGGACUAGUAGGUAUACAAAAAAAGUAGUAUACAAUUCAUUUUUAUUCCACUUUAUAUUAUUUAUUUUCUAUAUAAUUUCAUCUCUUCUUAACGUUAAUUAUCGUUUACCUACGUGUAAUAUAAAAAUAAUAUGAUAUUCAACUAAAUGUUUCAAUCAAAGUUUUGAACCGUAGAUUUCAGUCUUGAUGUUUGGUGUUUUAGAUUUCCAAGUGAAAUAUUCAAAUCAAUGUUCAAAAUGUAAUCGACUUAUGUUGUCCGGCCUGUAGGAUAUGGUGUACAGUUAUUUUGUAGUUGGGAUGAAGCAAGGUAACGAUAAGGUGAUAGGCAGGCUCAUGUGCCGCUGCCAUUUUGAAGCAUUUAUAUUGUGCGCUAGACACGAGUAAGGCAGCGUUCAAACCAAACGUGAGCGAGUGUUACGGAAUUUAGAGUAAUCCCCCACAUAAUCACUUUUUUCCUCUUCGUGUUAUUGCUGUGCGUAGUAAUUAGGCCACAUGUAUACGCUGGCGACUAUCGUAGUUUAUCUUUCACGCUGGGGCUGCCUUCUAUCGAUCGGCGGCUGACUAAACGUUUGGUUUGAACGUCGCCAAAGGCUGGCCCCGUAGUUCUUGUAGUGGGUAGGUCAACAUCUAAUGAUGUGCCAAAAAAAUUUAAAAAUAAACAAAAUGUAAAAUUCUUGUUUUAUUUAACACUGUCCUUGCCGCACGUUCCCCCAAUUAUCAAAUUUAAAAAAAUCCUAUUACUCCUUCAUGCAAUGCGAUACAGUAUUUAUAUUCUUUCAAAGAAAUUAGUUAGAUAAUAUUCAAGAGAAUCAACUUGUGGCCCCUACCAUAAUAUGAUAUAUGUUUAAAAAAAAUACUCUAACUCAGGUAGA